AACAAUCGCAUUUCGAAAACAAUGUACCGAUUUUACUGGGURGCGCUGCAUUACGGCGGCGAUUAUCUUUCCAAAAUAUGAGUAUUAAUCAUACAGCGUAUGGGAAAAAAUGCCUCUUGUGUAAAUGGAGUUCUUGUUUUAAUGCGCAGUGGAAUGAACAGGCUUGGUUUAGAGAGGACAGGAGCGGCAGUGAGAGGAGCCUGAAGGCGACAUGUAGCUUCAGAGGAAGGAGGCAGCAUUUAUCAACAGCUACCGAGAAGCACAGCAGCUAGACACUUCAUGAGUUCACAGACGCCCUCACAAAUGGAAGGUAAUGGAUGCAGCCAGCGGUGGAGGAUGCCUCCAGAGUUCAAACACAGCAAGAGGUUAAAUCCAGCUGCAGAAAACAGCAAACAAGACAAAACUGAGAGCAAAAACAAGGAGGAGGCAAACAAAAAUGUGACCAUAGCAUCCACCUCCAGGUACCUGACGGACCGACGCUAUGUGUCGAGAAGACCUCUUACCUCUGAAGAACAGCACGUGUCUAUUUUAAAAGGGACACAUCCACAGAACGUUGCAGAAAAGGAAAAUCCUCAGAAUGUCCGCAGAACAGAACACACCAACAUAAAAUACCUGAAAGAGGCAGCGAGAGAGGCAGAAAGGAGCCUUGAUCUCUCUCACAAUGACACGUCGCCUCCAACAGCCUCCAGAGAAGACCUCAGCUCACCUGUGAAUGUCAGGGGUCUCCAGACCUCUUUCCAUGGCAGCAAGUCAAGUCUGCAAAACCCCUUCAGUUCCAUUCUGGAGGUCCAAAGACUGACUCCUCCUCUGAGACCACGGCUGACCUCAACAGUCCUUUAUCCCACCUACACUCCUCGUUCGCGGAACUCCAAGUCACCCCAGACUGAACUCCGAUUACAGGAACGGAGCAGUAGGGGGGGCUCCAUCCUAAGUUUUCCCAGAGUAUCCUCAAAAGUGGACUCUAUGUCUUCCUUUCAGAUGGACUACUGGACCUGUGCCAUUCCUAAAACGCUCCCCCCUUCUCCAAACAGGCAAUCUGCUGACUGGAACCCAAACAAGGAGUACAAUGCCCUGCUGGACUACACCUACCCUCUGAGACCAGGACAUGUGGACUGUGAGUGGAGCAGCUYGGAGCUACAAGGAGACUCUUUUCUGAAGACAAACCCUGACAUGCAAGACUCGGGAAUUGAAUUGGACCACUUUUGCAGCUCUGCCAGCCUUUCAGGGUUUGAGUUUUCUGAAAGUGGGGAAGAGAAGACCAGAGACAGUGGCACUUUUUGUGCAAGUUACAGGUCACCUGACCAUCAGGGUUUCCCCAAAUCCUCAGACGGUCCAUCUUUUAGUACCCCAGUGUCCCUUACCAAAUCCAUGAGUUUGGUCUUGGAUAGUAUGGACUGCAGUAGGGAUGAAGAUGAAACAGGUUAUCACAGCAGGAAAGGUAGCAACCAUCAGCAGCACAAAACUGCGUCUUCUUUCAUUUCUACAUCUUUAGUCCGCUCCACCGGGGUUCAGCCACCUUCUAGGUGUGUUUGUGGAGAGGUUGACGAGGAAUUCCUGCCUCUUCCUGAGCAGCUGGAGGAGCUGCAGCAGCUGUCCAGACAGGUGAGGGAGGUGACGGCCCAGCUGAGCCGACCUGUGACAGCCAGCUUUGAAUCUCUUGACCACAGCACCAUCACAUUGUCUGAGAAACAGGGGCGUGAAGAUGAGGAUGGAAAUAAUGAUAGCAAAGAACAGAGUAAUGCUGCACAGACAGAAAUGUGUUCAUCCAAGAGCCAUGAAAUGGACUCUGAAACCUUUAUAAGUGGUUUUGGUGCCAUGAUUAAACCUGGGGGAGGAGGACCGGGUCAGUCCAGUGUCAGAGAAGUUGAGACUUUGGUAAAGGAGCUAUGUACCUCCACCCUCCUCGAUGGCCAAAAGAACAGCCAAGAACUUCAGGAGAAGAGUGACUCUCUGAUGCAACGCAUCAAGGUUUUCUGUUCACACCUCGAGCUGCUCAUCCAGCAGCUGUAUGCACUGACAGAGAGGAUGGAGCGGCUUGCGGCACCCACUGUGGACAUAGACUCUGUGAAAUCAUCUCUGCCUGAGUAUCAGAGCUUCCAGAAGGCGAUGAGCGAGCACCAAUCUCUGACUUCCUGUGUUCUGCAUGCUGGACAGCAUCUCCUCAGCUGCAUCAACGCCACCUCUCCACAUUUAAGAGACACCCUUCUGCUUAUCGAGAGGCAGUCUGGAGCCUUGCAGACCCACUCGGACCACUUUUUCUCCUCGAUCCUGUCAGCCAUGGACAGUCUGACACAGCUUACGUACUCCAGUGCAACUGAGUGGAGAAAAGUGAAGGACCCUGCUGGGACUUAGGGCUUCAGUUUGCAGUCAGGCUGAAAUGAAGUGACUGAUUUAUUUAGAUUUUAUAAUCACUUCUAUUCGUUUUGCUUUUUAUGCACUUAUAUUCAAAACCAAAAGUCACUUGAACUAUUAUUUUUCCACAGCUUUUACUUGUUUUUUUUUACCUGAAAGAAGUAACGCUUUGUAAUAAUUUAAAAGGACCAAGCACUAACAAAUAAAAUGUGUGUAUCAAUAAUAUCCAAUGAUUGAGCAAAUACAGCACAUUCUCAAGCAAUCAAAAUGUUUUUAAAAGCUAAAAGCACAUGUGAUAUCAAACUUUAAUGAUUUUAAAUAAUAAGUGCGUUAUUUAAAAGAUAACAACAACAAACACGCUGCUGAGGUGAACAGUUUUUGAGAUAUUGUUCCCAAUGUGACGGAAAAGACCCUCUCAGACUGAGAGGAAUGACUCCAUGUAAAAUAUUAAGUAGUGUAGAAGAUGACCCAGACAGGCCUUACCUUCUUAUCCACAGGAAAGUAAUGCAACCUCACAUGUGUUGUUGCAGUUUUGAUGGAAUACCCCCAUUUCACCAUAUUAACAAUGAUUUUACAACUCGCUUGUUAGUUUCACGUUUUCUGCUCAUAUAAAGAGAAACAGGGAGUUCCACUUUGGUAUCACUUCUGGUUGCACCUGCAGCACCAAGUUCAAAACAGUUAUAUCAUAAAAUGGGUUUCUGUUAUGUUUUUAGCCUAAAAUAAUGUGUUUUAUGCCAAAUUUCAGAAACAUGUUUUCUUCCAAUUUUUUUUGCAUUUUUAGAAAAUGCCUGUCUCGUAAGCUGAAUAAUUUAACUAAAGGAAUAGGUGAGUUUUGUCUUGGGGUGAAAGCAGUGAUGUGUUUAUCCAUCUGUUUUCUCUGGCUCAUUUGGAACCAGUUCAUGAGGUCACAGUCCUCAUCUGAGAUCUGCAGAUCACUCUCACUACAGCCAUCUCACUUUCUGGACUCCUACAUGAGAUGUGAAGGAAAUCCAAUCCCUCCAGAAACAGCUGCUUUGAGUCUUUGGUCUGUAAUAAUGCCACUUUCUGUGCAAGAAAACUGAACCACCCUUCCUUACAUUGUCCUCAAAGCACCACCCGGCUACAGAACCAGUGACAAAACUGAAUUUUUGAAGUCUU